ACUCUUACCGAGCAAACCACCUACAACUACAGCACUGUUGCCGGCUCUUUCAUAGAUCUGUACUUGAAGUCAGCUAGCAGCGAACUCCUCUCCAUCAUAGAUCAACAAGUCAGAUUCGUCUUCUCCAAUGGUUUGUUGGCCAGUUUAGAGGCAGCCAUUGAGAUGGUGCGAAAUAACAGCACAGCCUUGAUAUGGGAUAGCGUCACUUCGGCCUAUCUGGCAAAUAUAAACUGUUGGAGUUUGGCUGUGAACGACGAUCCACAAGAGUUCGCCAUCAUCAUGCAACGCAACUCCAUAUUUCGUCCUCUGAUUGAGGAGACCCUGAAUAAGCUCGUCUCCAACGGCAAAAUGGAUACAUACGUUGGCAGGUACAUUUCCCGGGGCGGGAACAAGAUUUGCGACAGUGAUAAUAUCAUCCGCACCAUCAACAAAUACUUGCAGAAGUACACCAGUUCUGCUCAGGAUUCUGUGACUCUGGACAUGAUACUCGGAAUAUAUGCCCUCUUGCUUAUCGGAUGCAUCAUCAUCCUGGUCAUUGCUUUGAUUGAAUUUUGCGUACGCGCUUCUGUCAAGGUAAUCUUUCCUACUAUUUCUUUUUAUUUUACUGGUCUGAGCUCGCUUUUGCCAUUUGGCCUCGGUCACAUAGCAAGGUCGGAAUGGAUACCCGGUAUUGGAGAUCUUGUGGCUCCAAUUCAGUUUCGCACUUUCCCGGAUCUACUUAUGCCAAUCUAG